AUGCAUGUGCGGAUGUGUGAGCUCAGAGAGUUGGAUGUUUUGUGCCAAUUUGUCAUAGCAGCCUGGAAUGAUAUUGACGCAGAGACAAUAUUCAAGUCUUUCAAGAAGUGUGGAAUAUCAAAUUCAUUAGUUGGUAUGGAGGACGACUACUUGUGGCAAGAUGAAGAGGAAGCCGAAGCUGACAGCACACCAUCUAAUACGGAAUUCGAUCCAUAUGACGACUGCCUUGCAAAUGUAUCACAAGAUGUCAUUGAUGAACUUAUGAUAUCAGAUGACGAACAGGAGGAUUUUGAAGGCUUUCAAAAGGGAAACUGUCACGCUAGCAAAAAAUACCAUAACUUGCAGUUAUGA